CCGGCAUCGGUUCAUCCGAAUCAAAUCAUUUAACACCACUUCAGCCCGGGACAUGGGCUUCGGCAUUGCUACAUAUGGUUAUAUUUUGGUAAGACAACGGCCUGAACCCAAACAUGUCAGGGUUAAAAUGUCACAUGUCGCUGCCUGUGUCGGUGGGUGUCCUGUUGGUGGGCCUCCCUUUCUCCAUCUCUCUAGCUGCCCAGUGGCUUUAUGGAUGGCCCAACAAGCCUGGAUAUAAGAAGUACAUAGAAGCUCUGAAACCAAGACGAAUAUACUGUUUGACCAGAGCCGUGCUGGAGACUCUCAAAUAUCUGCAAUAUGGGAGACUUUACUUUCAGUGGAAGUCAUGGUACAAGAACGAGGAAAACCGCAAGCACUAUGAAAAGGGCAUCACAUUUGGUCGCCGAAGCAACAAGCUGGACUUGUACCACCCUCCAAAUCUGGACAGGUCCAAAGAUGUGGCCGCACCGCUGGUGGUUUUUAUCUACGGAGGCGCUUGGGGCUCCGGAGAUCGAUCCAUUUAUUGUUUGCUGGCUAGGCAGAUGGCUGAAGAACUGGGUGCAACUGUAAUUUGUCCUGAUUACUUCACCUAUCCAAAGGGGAACGUUUUAGGGAUGAUCCAAGAUAUUGCUGACUGCUUGAUUUGGGCCCAAGAGAGUGGACAGAAGUUCAACUUUGACAAAGACAGUAUAGUAUUAAUUGGCCAUUCGGCGGGUGCACAUUUGUGUGCACUGACCACGCUGUUUCUCACUGAUGCAAGAGAGGAGCUCUUCAUAGAGGCAAGCAAGCAGAGGGAUGUUACACUGGCAAUAAAAGGAGUCAUUGGUCUGAGUGGCGUGUACAACAUCAUGGAUCAUUACGAGCACGAGCAGAAGCGAGGAGUCGAGUACGUCUCCACCAUGCAUAAAGCCAUGAAUGGAGUGGAGAACUUCCCGUACUACUCACCGACACACAUACUGAAUAAACUGAGCCGGGACAAGUUGGACAGAGUUCCUCCAUUCGCUUUGCUCCACGGGACCGACGACAUCAUCGUCCCCGUCCAAUCCUCCAUAAAGUUCUCCGACCUUCUCACCUCGCUGUCCGUGAAGGUGUCGCUCUAUCUGCUCCCCAGGGUCGACCACACCGAGAUCGUCACCGACCUCAUGGUGCCGGACAGGCGCUUCUACCAUCCCAUCUACAGCUGCAUCAAACAGGAGUACAGGAAACUCCUGGGGGCCUGCUGACCACCCUUCAGAUCCUCAGAAAGUCAUCCAUUCAUCAUUAGUAUUUACUGAUUGUGCCAUACACUUACUUUGUUUACAUCACCUGCUCUAAUACCUCAACAUGAAUCAUUUUCAUCAGCCUUGCUUUUUACUCAAUUGUGAAUACAUGAUAAUGAAUAUGUUUUUGCACAGAUUAUAAUUUAGUUAACGCAAGAUUAACAUCUGAUUGAUUUUUUUGAUCUACAUUCUUGAAAAAAAGAACAUUCCUUGUGGACUGCAGUCUGGAUAACAUCAUCCUAAUAUUGUCUUGGAGGGAUGUUAUCUAAUUUCCAGUGAAGUGAAAUCAAUUAAUAACAGUAUUAUGAAAAACACAGUGAAGCACACUAAUACAUAAUACUGAUAUGGGCGUACAGUUAAGACAUGUACUAAUGACACUGCUAAAUUUUGAUUCAUUAACAUGUUUUUAUUGAAUUAAAUUAUAAUAUAUUUUCUUGAUUAACUAUUUAUUCAUUUUAGACACAUUAAACCUACA